AAAAAACCCUCCACUCCACUCCACUCCCGAGAGAGGAAAUUCCCUCACCCUCUUCCUACUGUACUCACCCACACCACCGCCCACCCCACUCUUCCGGUCGGUCUUCCUCGCUGUCUUCUUCCCCAGCCCUCCAGUUCGAAAAUUCCCACCCUCGCGCCCAAACUCCAAACCCUAGCCGGUCCGGCCCAGCCCUCCGCCCUGCCGGCCCCGUGCGCGGAACAUGCGGGAUCUGGGCCCAUGGCGACCGGCCCCGAUCUGACCUCCUCCUCCGCCGCCGACGCCGCCGCCGCGUCGUCGGCGGCCAAGAAGGACCGCCACAUCGUCAGUUGGAGCGCCGAGGAGGAUGACGUGCUUCGUGCUCAGAUUGCGCACCAUGGAACUGACAAUUGGACAGUCAUAGCCACACAAUUCAAGGAUAAGACUGCCAGACAGUGCAGGAGGAGAUGGUACAAUUAUUUGAAUACAGAGUGCAAGAAAGGCGGGUGGUCUCGUGAAGAGGAUAUGCUUUUAUGUGAGGCUCAAAAGCUUCUUGGUAACAAAUGGACUGAAAUAGCAAAGGUUGUCUCAGGCAGAACUGAUAAUGCAGUGAAGAAUCGAUUUUCUACGUUAUGCAAAAGGCGGGCCAAGGAUGAUGAACUAUUCGAGGAAAAUGGCACAGUAUGCUCCAAUGCAAGUGCAAAGAGGGUACUGACACGGUCUGGUGGCGUCACAUGUGCUGCACCUGGCUCCUCACCACCUAUUAAGAACAUGAGCUCUUGCAAACCUGAUUUCAAGGAGAACUUAGCACCAAAUAUGAAGUCAUUUGGACAGCAAAAGAGCAUACAACAGGAUUCUCGGCAACCCCUUGCUAGCAUUUGUCCAGACAAUCAGAGUGUGAAUAUUGUAAAAACCCAGAGUCUUGUCACUAAAACCUCAACAAAGCAAUUACAUGGCGAAGAACAGAGCUGUGUGAAGCAUGAGGGUAAUUUUUUGAAAAGGAAUGAUCCAAAACUUGCUACUUUACUUCAGCAAGCUGACUUGCUUUCUUCCCUAGCAACAAAAGUAAAUACUGAAAAUACAAGCCAAAGCAUGGAUGAAGCCUGGCAGAAACUACAGAAUCAUUUGGUUAAGAAAGAUGAUAAUGACAUGUCAGAGAGCAGUAUGUCUGGAACAGCUUCACUCCUAGACGAUCUCGACGAUUUAAUUGUUGAUCCCUAUGAGAAUGAAGAAGAAGAUGAACAGAAGUCCAGAGAGCAGAACGGAGCAACAUCACAAAUGGCUCCUGAUCAAAUAAUGGAUAAUUGCCCAGUAGAUCAAAUCGCAGACGAAAGUAGCCUUUGUGGAAACACACUAUCUAGUACUAUGGAACCUUGCCCAGUUGCAGAAAUUCUAGCUCAUAUAAACUUGGGUGAGGCUGCCGAAGAUAUGGGGCUUCAUUUCAUGGAAUACAGUUCUCCUACUCAUGCAGCUCAAGCUCAGCAAGCUAAAGCAGAUGCAGAAAUACCAGCGUCUGUAGACUUGAGUGAGUCUGCCGAAGUUCAAGCUCAGCAGGCUAAAGCAGAUGCAGAAAUACCAGUGUCCGUAGACUUGAGUGAGGCUGCUGAAGGUAGCUGGUCUCAGUUUAUGGAAUACACGUCUCCUGCUCAUACAGUUUUGCAUGCUGAAGGAGAUGCAGAAACACCCGCAUCUGUAAAGUUGAGUGAGGCUGCUGAAGGCAGCCUGCCUCAGUGUAUGGAACAUAUGUCUCCUGCUCAUACACUUCUGCGAGCUAAAACAGAUUCUGAAAUACCAGCAUCCGCAAACUCGAAUGAGGCUGCAGAAGGUAGCUGGUCUCAGUUUAUGGAAUACAUGUCUCCUGCUCAUAUAGUUUUACAUGCUAAAGCAGAUGCAGAAACACCAGCAUCCAUAAAUUUGGGUGAGGCUGCCGAAGGUAGCCUGCCUCAAUGUAUGGAACCCAUGUCUCCUGCUCAUACACUUCUGCGAGCUAAAACAGAUUAUGAAAUACCAGCAUCAGCAAACUUGAGUGAGGCUGCCAAAGAUGACAGUCUUCAGUGUACAGAAUACACCUCUCCUGCUCGUGCAGAUUUGCAAGCUAACGCAGAUGCAGAAAUAUCAGAGAAUUUCAGUGAGGUUGCCCAAGAUAGCAGGCUUCAAUGUGCUAAAUUUACUUCCCCUGCUCACACUGCUAUCAAAGGUAAAGCAGUUGCGAAGAAAGGAACUUCAGAGAACUGCAGCGACGUUCCCGAAGAUAGCAGCACCCAGCCAUGCAUGGAAUUCACCUCUCCUGCUCACACAGUUCCAACUUUCCAUCCAUUCACAGAUAACGUGCCAACUCCAAAAAUUACUGCCAGUGAGAGAAAUUUUUUGCUGUCUGUGCUUGAGUUGGCCUCACCUGGAUCGAAGCCAGAAACUUCUCAGCAGCCUUCUUGCAAAAGGGCUCUUCUUAAUAGCCUUUGAAGGGGUAUAUAUAUGUUCGAUGCAAAUACAUUUUGCAUUUUUCGGUUCUCGCCGUAUCCAGCUCCAAGCCCGCCAUGCUCCUCAGCAUGUAUACCUUGGCUCCCCUAGAUCUAAUUUUAACUAGGGUAGUUCUCCCUACUCCUAUUUGCAUCAAAGUGUGCCUAGCUCGUGUCAUAGUCCAGCUGUUUGUAUGAGGUCUCAAUAGCUUGGUUUGUUGUCGUUGGUUGUACAUAUCGCAUUGGCGGUGUUGUAGUAGCAUACAAAAUUUGGAAAAAAGGGGGGUGAUGUACCCUGAGAGUUACAGCUUGUAUUCAAAAUAUAGAAUAAGGUAUUCUUUGUGUAAUUAACCCUUUGUAACUUGUAUCCGGCGCGGAAUAUAUUGGCUUGGUUUGUGGUGUGA